AUGUUGAACUUGAAGGAUAAUGCCGAAGCUCCGGAGUCUGAGCCAAUGACCCCACUAAGCCAUGGUGGUAACAUCUUGAUAUCGGGCGAGCUUAAAUUCGUGGAAAGAUGCAUGGAGAAAUCGGGUCUUGUAGUCAGGAACUCUUCGUGCUGUCUUGAUUUGAAAGUUGGUUUGCUUGCAUUGUCAGGGAGUAAGAAGUGCGAAAGGCCAUGUGACACUGGAGACUUGUCUUUGAAAAAUCUCGGUUUUUUCGCGGAAGAAGCGUUGGACGAUGUGGACGAUGAUGGCGAAGGUAAAGAAACGGUAACAGAUGGCGGUGGAGACAGUAAAUCUUGUUUUGGUAUCAUCAUUACUUUUGGCAUGGAGGCAGAAGUACCCGACUCCAAGCAGGAGGGGUACAAUUCCUGGAACUUUGAAAAGCCUCCUUCCAGAACAUAA